CGGCCGCAGGAUGCUGAAAUUCCGGGCGGAUCGGAGGGCCAGCCACAAUGAAAAACGAACCACGUUUCUCCAUCCUGUGACGGGCCAGAUCCCAGAGGAAAACAAAAGAUUUGACUUGAAGCACUCGUCUGUGGACAUGUCCAACAAAACAGGCGGAAAGCGACCAGCCAAAGCCCCCAACGACGCGCCCGGCCACAACAUGGUGUCGGAGACCCCUCCGGAGCGGCCCAGUGUGAAGGCCUCACGCUCAUCCCGCAAGGCCAUCGCCUUUGGCAAGCGCUCCAACUCCAUGAAGCGCAACCCCAGUGCCGCUGUCACAAAGGGCGGCUGGCUCUUCAAACAGGCCAGCUCUGGGGUGAAGCAGUGGAACAAGCGCUGGUUCGUCUUGGUGGACCGCUGCCUCUUCUACUAUAAAGAUGAAAAAGAAGAGAAUAUCCUAGGCAGCAUUCCGCUCCUGAGCUUCCGCGUGGCCGCUGUGCAGCCCUCAGACAACAUCAGCCGCAAGCACACGUUUAAGGCCGAGCACGCCGGCGUCCGCACCUACUUCUUCAGCGCCGAGAGCCCCGAGGAGCAGGAGGCCUGGAUCCAGGCCAUGGGCGAGGCUGCCCGCGUCCAGAUCCCCCCGACCCAGCGGUCCACGCCGCAGGCCAUUCGCCCCGUACACGAGAAGCUGGACUCGGAGAAUAUUCCACCCCGCAAACAACAACAACAGCAGCAGCAGCAGCAGCAGCAACCAACUCGCAAUGGGGUCCCCAAGGUGGAGCCCGAGGCCAAGACCCGAGGGGAGGGGGAUGGGCGGGGCUGUGAGAAACUGGAGCAGAAGCCAGAGCAGCCGGAGCCCAAGAAGGAGCCGCUGGCGAAGGCCAACGGGGUCGCUGAGCAGGAAGCGGGCUCGGAGCCCGGGAGCCCCUACCCCGAGGGCCCGCGGGGCCCGGCCAGCGGGGAGAGGCUGCCCCAGUCCAAUGGCUGGCAGCAAUACAGCUCACCCAGCCGACCCAGCAGUAUGGUCUUCCCACCCCAGGAUGGGGAGGGAGGGGGCCCCCGGCGAGGCCUCCCCGCCCGGCCCAACCCGGACAAGAUUGCCCAGCGCAAGAGCUCCAUGAGCCAGCUGCAGCAGUGGGUGAACCUGCGGCGAGGGGCGGCCCCACCUGAGGACCUACGCAGCCCCUCCAGGUUCUACCCACCGCCGGGACGCCGGGGCCCCGACUGCUACGGCCCCUUCUCGCCGCCGUUCCCCGAAGACUACCAGUACUACCCACCCGGCGUGCGCCCGGAGAGCAUCUGCUCGCUGCCCGCCUUCGAGCGGGUCAGCCCUUCCUGGGCACUGGAGGACCGGCCCCACCCCUUCCUCAACGGAGGCGGCCCCCACUUCCAGAUGCGUCAGUGGAGGGAGCUGCCGGCCUUUGCACGCCAAGAUGGCCCGGUCUGGGUCACCAGCCCCACCCGGCAGUCCGGCUGCUACGACGAGAUGGACGCGGCCUCUGGCUCCCUGCGCCGGCUGUCCCUGCAGCCUCGGUCCCGCUCCGUGCCCCGCUCGCCCAGCCAGAGCUCCUACAGCCGCCCCCACGGCUACUCCCCAGCCCGCUCCCCCAGCGCCCGCCUCGACCGCUUCCCCCACCGCGGCGAGGAGAUCUACGCCGACCCCUCGGCUUACAUGCUCAGGCGGUCUGUCAGCUCGCCCAAGUAUGACUAUCUGGGUGACCGGAGGCCUGUUCCUGCAGGAAUGUACCCCUACAACUACCCACCAUCCCCCACAGUCCACGACAAAAUGGAUGAACUUUUAGAUCUUCAGUUGCAAAGAAACCUAGAGUAUUUGGACCAGCAGAUGAGUGAGAGUGAAACUCUCAUCAGUAUGGUGAACCGCAUGGUGGAGAGCUCCUCCCCCAGGGCCCAGCUGUUCAUGCAAGUCUCCCCCUACCCAGACGUGUUCCGGGACGGUCUGCACACCUACAAGAUGAGCGAGCAGGACACUGAUAAUCUGCUGGGCAAACUGUGUGAGCAGAACAAGGUGGUUAGGGAGCAGGAUCGCCUGGUACAGCAGCUACGUGCCGAGAAGGAAAGCCUCGAGAGCGCCUUGAUGGGUACCCACCAGGAACUUGAGAUGUUCGGCAGCCAGCCCGCCUACCCUGAGAAACUGCUGCACAAGAAAGAGUCUCUGCAGAACCAGCUCAUCAACAUCCGCGGGGAGCUCUCCCAGGCCACCACGGCUCUGACCAACAGUACCCUAGAGUACGAAAACCUAGAGGGGGAGGUGUCUGCCUUACACGAUGACCUGUGGGAACAACUCAAUUUGGACAUCCAGAAUGAAGUGCUCAAUCGGCAAAUCCAGAAGGAGAUCUGGAGGAUCCAGGACGUGAUGGAGGGGCUGAGGAAGACCAACCCAUCUCGGGGGACAGACACGGCGAAGCACAGAGGUCUGGGCCCCUCUGGCACCUACAGUUCCAACAGCCCAGCCAGCCCUCUGAGCUCUGCCAGCCUCACCAGCCCCCUGAGUCCCUUCUCACUCGUGUCAGGCUCCCAGGGGUCCCCUACCAAGCCGGGACUCCAUGAGGCAAAACUGAGCUCUGAGUUGGGCAAGGACUCCCAGCAGGUGCCCCCGCUGGGCACCCCCAGGGACGUCAGCCUCACGCCAACCCGGCAGGACCCAGAAGCUAGGAGAGGUGCCCCCGUUCCCUUGCAGUUGGCAUCGUGCCCCCCCCGGACCAAGUCCCCCACGGAUGAGGGAACGGCACUCCCGUCGGCCGUGGUGAGGCGGAGCGCCAGCGGCUUGGUCAACGGGCUCUUCUCCCGGGAGCGGCCCAAGAGCGCGGUGUUCCCCAGCGAGGUCAAAGUCAAGAUGAGUGUGGAGGAGCAGAUUGCUCGCAUGAGGCGGCACCAGAGCGGCUCCAUGAAGGACAAGCGACGCAGCCUGCAACUUCCCACCGGACCUCCGCCUGACCCUGCCGCCCGGCCUACUUACAAAGUGGUUCGCCGGCACCGUAGCAUACACGAGGUAGACAUCUCCAUCCUGGAGGCGGCCCUGCGCUCCGAGGAGCCUGGCGGGAGGGCCUACGAGACCCCCCGCGAAGAGAUCGCUCGCCUGCGCAAGAUGGAGCUGGAACCGCAGCAUUAUGACGUCGACAUCAGCAAGGAGCUCUCCACCCCAGAUAAAGUCCUCAUUCCCGAGCGCUACAUUGAACUGGAACCGGACACCCCACUGAGCCCAGAGGAGGAGAAAGAGAAGCAGAAGAAGGUGGAAAGGAUCAAGACCCUGAUUGCCAAGUCCAGCAUGCAGAAUGUGGUCCCGGCCAGCGAGGGGGAGUCGGUGGACGUACCCCAGGACUCGGAGAGCCAGCUGCAAGAACAGGAGAAGAGGAUCGAGAUCUCCUGCACGCUGGCCACGGAGGCCUCCCGGCGGGGCCGCAUGCUGUCCGCUCAGUGCGCUACCCCCAGCCCGCCCACCUCCCCCGCAUCCCCGACUCCACCCGCCAACCCCCUCUCGUCCGAUCCUUCCCGGGGUGCCGACGGCAGCCAUUUUAUGCGGGUCUGAGCUUGGACUACAAGCCCUGGCCGAGGCCAACGCCGGGCAGCUCCGUGGGUCCACGUUCUGAAUCCUCUCCACCUUCCCGUCGCCCUCAGCGCCCUGGCUUCCCUCCCCCACAUCCGCCCCCUCACCCCCGCCGGGAAUGGCGACCGAGGUCAGGGGCCCAGAGAAGCUGGAUAUCGGCUCCUUUGGGAGGAACACGGAGAUCUAAUCACCUUCGGCUCCAACCCGGACCCCUGUGGUGCCUCCCAACCCCACCAGGACACCGGCACCCCAACAUCCCCCAAGAGGGGCCUCAUUUGCUUCCACGCUCAUCAGGAAUUGCCAGCAAAGUCGUGGUCCCCACCGUCCCCCACUCCUGCGAUGUGGGGGGCAACAGGAGCCCGAACUGAAGCCACUCUGGCCAGGAGGAUGUGGACCUGGACAAACGAAGAGAGGCCCCAUCCUGGCCUUAGGAGCUCUACUAGAGUCCUAGCUUGAAGCCAAGGGAGAUCCAUAUGAUUACUUCUUUCCACCGCCGUGCUCUCCUACGGCUUGAACGCAUCUUCACCCGUGAUAACCUGGAAAGGGGAGAUCACUGGACCCGUGAGAGACUAGAUAGAGCCAGAUUCGGGCAGGUAGAGGGGAUCUGAGGGGGCAGGGGGGCAGGAGGGGAAGAGGUAAGCCACCCUGCAAACUGCCAGGGCCCAGCUGUGUGGCAUGGAGGGCUGGGAAUACCAGUGAGCAUGGACAGAUAAGUCUGAGCACUGUCUGAGAACAGGUUGAGAGGGGAGAAGGGGAGGCAAGGACAGGGGUCUAGAAUUGGAAGAGGUCUGUGGGUGUCUCCAGGCCCAGAGGGAGCUGCCGAAAGUCUACAGGAGGACGUGAAAGGACCAGAAAGGAGCUGGAGUGGUUUUUCAAAGCAGACAUUUUGGCACAGGGAGAGGCACUAGUUGGUUUUUCACAACUCAAAUGUCCAUUAUCUAAAUAGCCCUUUGGGGCUGUGGGUUGAGGGAGGCAGGGGGGACAGGAAUGGAGCUCUUGAGGCCUCCCAAGCCUCAGCCAAGGGCCACCCUUGGAGACUGCCCCUCUCCCAGUGCCAGAGAGACCCUCCUCCUCCUCCUCCUCUCUCCAGAAACUGUCCAAAGAAAGAUGGACUUUUCCAUGGGGCUGAGGGGAAGCUGAAUAGAGAGUUCCCCUCUCCCUGCUGUUUAGGGGUUAAUGUGGCACUGACAUUCUCAGCAGCCGUGAGGCUCCCAGUGAGGACCUGUCAGGGCGUAAGGGGUUAAGGAGUGGGGCUGCCCCAAUGCCCACACUCUGUCCAGUGGUUUCAGCCCAUCGCUACCCAACUAGUUGGUAAGAUGUCUUAGCCAGGUUCCACCCUACCCUAGCGGAAUGUGGUGAGGGAGGAAUUUUAUGUGUCUCAGGCACCAGAGUCAAGGGAUCUCACCUGGGAACUCUCUCACCUCGUCUCCCCCCACCCCUCUGCCACCCCGGCUCUCCACCCUCAGCCUCGCACCAACAUGGAGACCCUAGAGGGGGAGAGCCAGGCACACAGGUAGACUCAAUUCUCCGCCUCCUUCCAUCAGCCGGAGAAGGGAAGAGGAAGCGAAGCAUAGCAUUCAGUUGCUUCUUGGCUCCAUGUCUGGGGAGUAGGUUGUAGCUUAUCCUAUUUAGCAGCCUGAGGGUUACUAUGCUAGAAGUUGCCCCCAGCUCUGUGCUCUUAAUAACCACUGCAGUCACUACUGUAUCUUCCACCAUUCUGAAUACCAGCAGUAAUUAAGGCAUUGAUGUUCAAAGUGCGGUCCACACGUGAGCGGAUAGUCUAAUUCCCAGGAGAGCUAAAGAUGAGAAUAAAGCCACUCGAUCUCUUCUUGGGUCCCAGGCUUCAGUGCCUGGGGCUUUCUUGUCCCUCUGAUCCCUCGGCGAGUAGGGGUUUGGGAGAAGGAUCUGCAAGGAGAAAACCAAUUCUGGAAUGCUUGCUCCCAUGAGAUAGAAGGUUAUAGCUUGGGACGUCACCCAGGGGCGAAAGAACAAGAGUGUCCUCCUGGACCUGCUGCCUGGGCCCUGGGAGUGGCGAAGAUGGUAUCUGUUGACUUUGGAGCGCUCUUCUGAAGGGUUUUUUGGGGGCCCCACCCUUGCGGCAGCCCCUUUCCACCCUCCCCGAGUAGAACCUGUGGAGACCUGCGCUGCCCCUUGGGUUUCUGUUAACCAAUUCCCAGGGUUCUCCUUUGUCCCCCGCUACUCCCUUCAAAAACCCCCAUACCACCAGAAAAUAACCAUCUGCCCCUCUACCCGGUUCUCACUUGGCCUCCGUUAUUUCAUAAAGCUGGUUCUUUAUGUUGCUCCACAUGCCUUAAUAUAUGUUUUAUGAAAAUGAUACAUAUUAUAUAGAUAUAUAUAUAUAUAAUAUAUAUAUAUUUGUUUUGCCAUCUUAUUCUUUCCCAGAGAUCCUUCUUGGGCUCAUUUUAUCUUCCUCUCUCCAAGGCUUUUUGGAUCCCGUGACGAAGUCAAACCGUUCCCCUGCCAGUUUAUUCUCCUCCCUCCCCCGCCCCAAAGGAGACAUAUCUUAAAAUAGGUCUAUUACGCUUUUAUUAAAAGCAACUUUAUUUUCAAGAACAAAACCUCAGUGGAAGGAGUUUGGGUUGUCUCAAGGGAGGCGGGUCAGGUGGCCAUCGUGGCCGCCCCUCGCCCUCCACCCUACAGGAAUGAGGACUGUGGAAGAAAGUGUGCCGUCGGCAGGGCCCCCCUUCCGCCCCCCAAACUGGGGACUCCCUGGGAUUUCCAAACCGUCUCUCAUGACCAUUUUUACUCCCCCAGCCCCCUCCAUCCCAACAUGGAGGCCUCUCUGCACAGGCCCCUGGGCCUGGGCCGCCAACAACGCUCUACUUCCCUGCUCCCGCUUCCACGUGGGGUCAAAGUCACCUCAGCAGGAGUGGAACCUCUUGUCGUGGCCUCAGAGAUAAAGAGAAGGCGCAGCCACUUGGGCUUGGCCGAUGAGGGCAACGACUGGACGUUGGGGCGUUCUCUGCCCCACCAUCCUGGCACACUUAGUAUUUAUAAGCAGGUUGGCUGGUGGGGACAGAGCUGGAACUGAGGGCGCCAAGAAGAGCACAGCCCAAACUCAUCCCGGGAAGAGUGUGUCGCCCCACCCUCCUCCUCCCCUCAUCUGCGCACACACACUCAACACACAAACACUCAUGCAACCGGCCACACACGGGACCCUCAGAGACUGUUCCACUCCCCCCGAUAGAUAACCGAGAGGCUACAACCAUUUCCCGUUAGCGUCACUUUAAAGGUUUUCAAGGUUAGAGAUUGUACCCACGCUCUCUAAGGCUGAGGCAGAGUUGCCUGCCUUGGGACGGGACUCUGGAAAGAAUCUGGUUCUCCUUUCUAACGUGACACCUUCCGCCUGGCAGCUCUUGUAACUAAGACAGCAGCGUUUUAAAAAAUAUUUAUGCCCAUCUGGGGGUAAAUGCGAUUUUGCUAGUGUUAGACAAAAAAGAAAAAACGUUCGAGGAAACCACAUAACGUCCAUGUCUCUAUUUUGUAUAAAGUGACCUUAGAAGAUGAUUUGACAUUAGAUAAAGAGAGAAAAUCCCUCCGGUCCAAAAGGCCGUAGCAUUUCCCCGGUAUAGUCUCUCCCCGCGGCGGGGUUACCCUGAGAGUAUCAACUAGCUGACCUGUUUUCUUCCUCCUUUCAGCAGCAUUCGUUUUAGAUGUAGCUACUGAAAUGUCCCCACUCUCCCUGAUCCACAUUUGUACCUGGCCAGUUUGUAUAAAAUCAAAUACAGGAAAUAAAAUGGAUGGUUUGUA